GAGUAUUUUCCUCUUCUCCACAAGAUGAAGGUCUUUCUAGCUGUCGUUUUGUUCAUCCUUCCUGUUGUAUUCUCAGUUCCUUAUGAUCCCGUCCUCUCUUACGCCGAGAGCAUGAGAAGCAUUGCUGAACGUGUCAACUCACUACAGACAACAUGGAGGGCAACUCCAAGCAGCAAGCGUUUCGAGGGAGUGACCGAGAACUAUGUCCGCUCUCUGUGCGGGACACUGCUCCAUGGUGGCCCUACACUGCCAGUGAAAGAGAUUGAGGUACCUGCUGUAAUUCCAGAUACUUUUGAUGCGCGUCAGAAGUGGCCCGACUGUCCUACCAUUGGUACUGUUAGAGAUCAAGGAGCUUGUGGAUCUUGCUGGGCUUUUGGUGCAGUAGAAGCUAUGAGUGAUAGAUAUUGUAUAAGCUUUAAAGAGCAGGUCAACAUUUCUGCUGAAAAUCUUCUUUCUUGUUGUGAAACAUGUGGAAGUGGGUGUGAUGGGGGCUACCCUGCUGCUGCUUGGAGACAUUGGGCUGAUAAGUUGUUGUAUGAAGGGAUUGUUACAGGUGGCCAGUAUGACAGUAAUGCAGGUUGUCAGCCAUACACUAUACCUAAAUGCGACCAUCACGAGCCUGGCCCAUACGAGAACUGCUCCGGCUCUCAGAGUACCCCAUCCUGCAAAAGGUCCUGUAUUUCUAGUUACGACAAGAGCUAUCGUUCUGAUAAGCAUUAUGGUAAAAAUUCUUACAGCAUCAGCAGUGAUGUAUCAAGCAUUCAAACUGAGAUAAUGACCAAUGGGCCAGUUGAGGGCGCUUUUAGCGUCUAUGCCGAUUUCCCCACUUAUACUUCAGGUGUCUAUCAGCAUACUACUGGUAGCUUCCUUGGUGGUCAUGCCAUUAAGAUAUUAGGUUGGGGGACUGAGAAUGGUGUUCCUUAUUGGCUUGUGGCCAACUCUUGGAACCCUAGCUGGGGCGACAGCGGUUUCUUCAAGAUCAUUCGUGGUAAAGAUGAGUGCGGCAUAGAGUCAAGCAUUGUUGCUGGAAUGCCCGAGCAAUACAAAUGAAUUAGCUGACUGCAAAACACCUUGCUGUUAUUAUUAUUAUUAUUUUGCCAUUCUUAAUAAUAGUUAACUAAUGAUUUGGUUGGGCGUGGUUAAAAUAAACUACAAA